AUUCAGGUUUAUAUAUUGUAAGUUCUCCUCUAUUGUAAACACAGUUUUUCAUUCUCAAUAUAAUUUCUGUUUCACUUUCUCUUCCGCAUUAUGGUAUCAGAGUAGGAAAGUUAAGCUUUCCAUCGAUCCAUAGACCAACCUCCCGUUCAGCCGUGUCUUCCUCUCCGGCAAAGCGGCACAUUCCGUUUCGUUUGCUUCUGCAAUUUCCUCUGCCCGAGUGCCAUGUCUACUGGUUCAAGAUCUCAAACAACAUCUCAAGACAGUGAUAGGGAUUCAUCUUCAUCAGCUGACUCUCAAGUUCCAGUCAUCUCUAACAAUUUGAAAUCUAAGAACAAUAACAAUUCUUAGUCUUUACAUUCAAGAACCCAGAUUGAAGACCCGUCUGACCCCUAUUUCUUUCAUCAUGCUGAUAACCCAGGUAACGUUUUAGUCUCUCAGCCUUUAACUGGCCAAGACAACUAUGCCUCUUGGAGCAGGGCUUUGACACUUUCAAUCUCUAUAAAGAACAAACUGGGAUUCCUUGAUGGUUCGAUUUCUAAACCCUCUCCUUCAGACUCAAUUUUGUACAAUGAUUGGAUCCGUAACAAUAAUAUUGUUAUUUCUUGGAUCCUUAACUCUGUUUCUAAAGAAAUCUCUGCAAGUAUUUUGUAUGUUGAGUCAGCUGUAGAGAUUUGGAAUGACCUUAGGGUCAGAUUUCAUCAAAGAAAUGGAUCCCAUAUCUUCAAUCUGAGGAAAGAAUUGAUGAAUCUCAAGCAAGAUGUUCAAACAAACAGCAUAUACUAUAUACGGCUCAAGACAAUUUGGGAAAACCUUUCAAAUUACAGACCAUCAUGUACCUACAACAACUGUACAUGUGGAGGGGUUAAAAAUCUCCAAGAACACUAUCACAUGGAAUAUAUCAUGUCCUUUCUCAUGGGGCUCAAUGAUACUUACUCACAAGUUCGUGGAAACAUAUUGCUCAUGGACCCCUUACCUGAAAUCAGUAGAGUUUUUCAUCUUGUGACUCAAGAAGAAAAUCAUAGAGGUCUCUCCACUGCUGCUGAUCCUACACCACCAAUGUCCUUUGCCCUUCGCAGAGACAAAUCCUCUUCUCAAAGAUCGGAUUCUACCUCAUCCAAGACUUAUCCUCCUCGCAAAAAUAGGCCAUUUUGUUCUCAUUGUAAUGUCCUUGGCCAUAAAAUUGAGAAAUGCUAUAAACUCCAUGGUUAUCCACCCGGAUACAACAAACCAAAACAGCCCAAAGAAGCUGCUGCAAAUCAUUUCCAGACCAAUGUUGAUACUCCAACACAAGCAAAUGACAGCAACACUCUUCUUCCUCAGUUGACAAACACUCAAUAUCAACAGCUGCUCAAUCUUUUGGCUAAUCAACAAUCUGGUAUGCCUACUUCGGAUCCUAGUUCUUCCAAAGCUAAAACAGGCAAAGGCAAGUUGGACCCACCCUAAGAUGGAGAGCUGCGGGGCUGAAUGUACAUAGUCAGUUGUUCGGCCGCCACGGCCGAGGAGUGGAACAGGACGAGAAAUGCUUAACUGUCUGUUUUGCCUUAGAAUGGCUGAUCACUGUAUUUAAAUCUUGAAUCUUUUGUAAAUAGUCUUUAACUUAUUACUUUUGGGAUCCCAUGUAAAAAGAAAAUGUUUUUUUAUAAGAAAUGCAGCUUUUGAGAACAAAAUCUUUUAACCCUAGUUCAACUAUAGUUUCAGUAACACAUUUUGAAUUGAGUGACUUGACUAGCGAGUCUUGCACCUUUAUAAACACACAGUGUAACGGUCUUGGCUAUCUAGGGUGUUACAACUUGGUAUCAGAGCGUCCUAGGUUUAUGGGUUCCUGAAGACUGGCUGGACAUGUACAUUCGCCGCGAAAGACAAGCUCGACUUAGGGUUUGGUAAAUUGUGUAUACAUGACUAUAUGCUUAAAUGAUCUGAAUGAAAUAUGACUGUUGAUAUCUGCUUGAUUAAUAGGGAGCAUGAGAUACUAAUAGGGCCUGACCCUUGACUAUUGCAUGAUGAUAUUGAGGAUUACUUAUCAGCACUGUUAUGCAUGUGAAUGAAUAUAUGGAUGAAUAUUUGGAUAAAUUGCUAUAUCUUGAUUGCUUGUGAAUGUUUGGGGGUUCUAAUGGUGGAUCAUGAAAGGAUUAUUACCCCAUCAUCAUAGUCUGACUACCGAGUCAUUGAUUGCAGAGUGACUUGGAUAAUUAUGCGUCCAAUAAAAUCUACGCGACUAGCCGGCAAUAGGUCUAAGACUAGAGAUGAUGACCAGGGCCAGACCCCUCUGCCAGUCCCUGAGAACUGGCAGCAGCUUAUGGCAGACAUGCAAGCUCGGCUACAGAGCCAAGAUGAACAAAUCUGGAUUCUGCUGUAGCAGGCUCCAUCAGAGAGUGUUGCCUCUAUUGUGCCACCCACAGUGGUACCUGUUGUACAGCCAGUGGAGGUUGGGAAUAGAUGGGAGCCGUUGUAUGAGCGGUUCAGGAAACAGCAGCCCCCGAUCUUUGAGGGAGGACCUGAUCCACUGAAAGUUGAGCAGUGGAUGACCAUGAUUACUACCAUUCUGGACUUUAUGAGAGUAGAGGGGUAUGACAGAGUGGCAUGUGCCACAUAUAUGCUGAGAGAGGAUGCCCAAAUCUGGUGGGAGGUGGCAUCACAGACCAGAGAUGUUACUGCUUUGACUUGGGAAGGAUUCAAUGACCUAUUCAGUCAGAAGUAUUAUAAUGUUGCCAUCAGGGCAGCGAAGGUAAAUGAGUUCGUGGGGCUAGUUCAAGGCAGCAUGACAGUUACAUAAUAUGCUCUAAAGUUUGAUAGACUUGCGAAGUUCGCACCCGACCUUGUGCCUACCGAUGCAGCUAGGCAGGACAGAUUUAUUAGAGGGCUUAAUGCUAUGAAAGCCCGAGACAACAGUUCCUGGAGGGACAACUUAUGCCCAGGAUGUAGAGAAGGCUCUUACCGCUGAGGAAGCAGAAAAUAAGAUAUGGAGAGAGAGUGCAGCGAGACGGGAGGGCCGCAGGGCGGUGCCUCCAUAUUCUAGUUCUGGUAGGGGCAGAGGCCCCAGUGAUUUGAAGAGGAAGACCCAUGAUGAUUCAACCAUUCCUGAUUCUGAUAGGAGAGAUCGGGGUACUCAGCGUGGCCAUCAGGGAGGCGGUGAUGCAUGGAGGACUUAUCCUGAAUGCACGAGGUGCAGAAGACGCCAUCCGGGCGAGUAUCGGGCUAAGGCCUGUUAUGUGUGUGGGGUGGUGGGACACCUCAAGAAAGAUUGCCCGACAGUGAAGAAAGGAGAUGCGGGGAAGGUGGACAGCUUGACUCCAGCUCGAAUGUUGACCCUGACGCAAGCAGAGGCCGAGGCUAGCCCCUCGGUAGUGACAGGUCAGCUUUCUAGCGCUGGCUCUCCUUUUACUGUAUUGAUUGACUCUGGUGCUACACAUUCGUUUGUCUCUAGUAAGGUGAUUGAUAGAUUGUGUAGACCUAGUGAGUAUUGUACUUCAGGGUUUGGGACUAUUUUGCCUACAGGGGAACUGGUUGUAACGCCCUGGAUAACCAAGACCAAUACACUGUGUAUUUGAAAUAGUGAAA